AUGGAGCCAGAUAUUGCUUCAACCGUCACCAUUGAGCGACGCUUUUUUGAGACUCUGGUUCGUCGUGGUGAACUUCAACCCUCUGACGUGCCCGUUUCCCGUUCUUUGCCCAAUGAUGCCCUGAUAGUGUCUCGCGCAGAUCACGAGGUUCUGCAACGAACGGCGAGACGCUACGCAAAUCUCCGCCAAAACCUGCUCCGUGGCGGCGUCGUGGAGGACACUAUAAACCUCCUCAGCCAGGACGAUGCCACAAACUCUAUCCAGGAUGAUGCAUUCAGUUCCCCGCCCCGGUCGAUCGCUCAGAAGGAACAUCGGACCUUCUCAGCCUACGAUGACAAUGCGCCGCCCCACAUUCCCCCGAGGCCGAGGCCAAUGCACGCGGCUCGGAGGCCAUUAGUCGAGGUUGGCGAUGGACACAACAAACCUCCCCCGGGUCCAGCGGUUUACUCAACUGUUGCCUUUGAGGGAUCGCCUGAUUGGACAGAUGCUGAUGGUGGUCAAGAUGGUUUAUCGUACUCGGCUGAGACUCCAGAUGAUGCCGACAUCCACGGCCAGCAGCUGUACCCGGCUCACAGUGAGAAGCCGGCUUAUGAGAAGCAAUGCAUGCGAACUAUCCAGCUGAUCGGCCUUCCUGACGGCACAAACCAUGCGGACAUCACCGGCGUAGUCAGGGGUGGUCUCUUGCUCGAUAUAUUUGUACGGGCCCACGAUCGCUCCGCCACUGUCUCCUUCCUUAAUUCUGCCGAUGCGAGAGCCUUCUUCGAACAUUGCCGAAGACAUGACCUGUAUAUCAGGCAGAAGAGGAUAGAAGUGCGUUGGAGCGACCGUCAGUUCACCCUUUCCGGCCAUGUUGCGAGCAAAAUCGGGAACGGAGCCACGCGGAACCUGGUAUUGCGUCGCUAUGAUUCGGAUACAACCGAAGCAAGCAUCCGUGAAGAUCUUGACCACAUCCACAACCUGGCCGUUGUCAAAGUAACCUUCAUGGGUGGCAGCUGCUUCAUAAGCCUCAACUCAGUUCACAAUUGCAUAGUUGCAAAGACCUGCAUGAUGAGUCGUCUUAAAUACAAGAACUGCGGGAUUGAGUGGGACGUGGAUGAGUGUACCCAGCCACUCGAUCGUGUUCAGCCCGUCAAUGUUAAAAAAGAUCCGCCACCCACGAAGAGGAACGUGAGCAUGGUUGCCAAUCGCUUCAGAGUCUUGAGCAUGGACGGGGAGGACGAUGAACAAUCCGAGAAGAACUAUGCUGCGGCCAAAGAGUCUAUUGGAGUUGGUGCCUAA